CAAAAGAUGUAAAAUCAAAUGAAAAAGUGCAAUAAAUUAAAGUGAGGAUUAAUCAAUGGAAUCCACUGAAUAAGGUUAAGGCGGAUCAUAAUAAUUAAACAAGGAUUAAUAAUUAUAAAUGGAAUAAUCACAUUUGAGUUUGGGAAAUUGUUUUGAAAUGUGUUUUAUAAACAAAAAGAAAAAAGAAUAUAGUAGUGAAUUAGCAACAGAAUUUAUCGAACUCUGAU